AUGGAGGUGGCACGUUAUAUAAUUACAUCAGGAUCAAAUGCGUGUCGGAUAGAUAACUAUAAAAGCGGCGAGAUUAAAGGAUUGGCAUGCAGUGCAUCCUGGGAUCAUAUCGAAUCCCAUCAUCAUGGCAGUUCGUGCUCUUAGCCUAGUGCUCCUGUUUACACUUGUCUCGGUCAUCUUCGGAUUGCCGACUGUUGUGCCAGAGCCAGCUGUAAAUACACACGAAGAUCACACAUUGUCGACUGAAUUGCUACCGCCGCCCGUAGACGAGAAGGAACACCAUGCUACAAUUUAUAUAAUCAAUCUGUACGCUGUAAAAAAUGCUAGCAGCAACGCGUCGGAGGAAAUGUUCCAAAAUGAAGUUGUUGAGACGAUACCUGACAUAAUGGAGCCGCUGGUAUCUGUUCUCCUAGUAGUAGAAGACGAUGAAGAGGAGCAGAUAGAAAAGCAUCCACCAGUCGACCUCGACGAAUUUGCGGAGGGAUUGGAAGGCCAAGGUUUCAAGGUCGACAGGAUCGAUCUUAACAGCAAGGCGAAAGUGCUUAAGAUGAAAUUGGAAAAGGCGGAGGCGGAGAGUAUGAUAGACUCGGCUUUGAAAAGUAAUGAGAGGAAAUACCGUCAAAAGAGGACCCUCUGCCUGAGGUGCGGAGGAGGGGGAGGAGGAUGGGGUGGGUAUCCAAGCGGGGGUGGACAUUAUCCAAGUGGUGGCGGUGGGUACCCGAGCGGGGGUGGUCAUUAUCCUAGUGGUGGAGGAGGAGGUGGAGGUCAUUAUCCUAAUGGUGGUGGUGGCGCAGGGUAUCGGCCAGUAGUGAUACCAGUUGUAGUCGUACCUAUUACAGGAGGCGGCCAUGGAGGAGGUCAUCAUGGAGGCUAUCCCCACGGCGGCGGCGGCGGCGGCCGUGGCUGUUACCGUUGCGGCGGUGGCGGUGGAUACGGAGGCGGGGGUGGAUAUGCUCAUUCCUCUGCGUCGGCCCAUGCUUCUGCCGGAAGCUGGGGAAAAUGAGCAGACUACCUAUACGUAAUCACGUUAACGUAUUGCCAUUAAUGAUUAAUGCUGCCUUCAUGUUUGAUACACGUAUACAGUACAAAAAAGAAGCGCGGAUUCUUUGAAUGCUAUGAAUCAUCACGAAUAAGCGUUGCGGGCAUUAACAUAAUCUUCGAAAAUAGCUUUAAAAUAUUGUAUAAUAGCGUAACGCGUUUUCCUCUUCAUCCGUUUGUAUAACAGGCACUUGUACUGGCGCACGGUGGCCGCGAAUAAAUAACAAAACUGGUUUGGCUCUAACAAAAA